AGAAGAAGAGGACUAAGCAGAAUCUAGCUACAAGCUUAGCAGGAGACCUGACAGCCCAAAUAACGAGUGAGUGUCACAGGAGACACAGGACCUUCGCUGUAGUCGUCAGGCUACAAUCUGCUAAAAUGACAGAGCUAAGGCACCGUGGGACCAAAGACACGGACCCGACGUUACAGCAGCAGCCGUCAGAGGACAAGGGUUCAGACAGUGAGCUGAAGGUGGAAAAAGAUGGGGCGUCAGACGGCGAGUCCAAGGUGGAUUCAGGGGUCCCAGAGGUGCCAGUUCCUCCUGAUGACACCCCUGUGGUUCUAAACAAGGCCCUGUCUGGACUCUCCUCAAGAUGGAAGAACUGGUGGGUACGAGGCAUCCUCACGCUAGCCAUGAUCUCUUUCUUCUUCUUCAUCAUCUACCUUGGCCCCAUGGUGCUUAUGAUGAUUGUCCUCUGUGUUCAGAUCAAGUGCUUCCAAGAAAUCAUCACCAUCGGCUACAGUGUGUACCACUCCUACCACCUGCCCUGGUUCAGGACGUUGAGCUGGUACUUCCUGCUGUGUGUGAACUACUUCUUCUAUGGCGAGACGGUGACAGACUACUUCUUCACACUGGUGCAAAGAGAGGAGCCGCUUCGCAUUCUCAGCAAAUACCACCGCUUUAUCUCCUUUGCCCUCUACCUCACAGGAUUCUGCAUGUUUGUGCUCAGUUUGGUGAAGAAGCACUACCGCCUUCAGUUCUACAUGUUUGGCUGGACUCAUGUGACCCUGCUGAUUGUGGUGACUCAGUCUCACCUCAUCAUUCACAACCUCUUUGAAGGAAUGAUCUGGUUCAUCGUGCCAAUUUCCUGUGUGAUCUGUAAUGACAUAAUGGCCUACAUGUUUGGUUUCUUCUUUGGCCGCACCCCUCUCAUCAAGCUGUCACCUAAGAAAACAUGGGAGGGAUUCAUCGGUGGAUUGUUCUCCACCAUUGUGUUUGGCAUCAUGCUCUCCUAUGUAAUGGCCGGCUACCGCUACUUUGUGUGCCCGGUGGAAUUCAACAACGACUCCAAUAGUUUCCAGGUGGACUGUGAGCCAUCGGAUCUUUUCCAGCUCCAGGACUACGCCCUGCCCAGCAUCCUGGAGUCUGUCACUGGAUGUACUACUGUGCGCCUCUAUCCGUUCCAGAUCCACAGCAUUGCUCUCUCCUCCUUUGCCUCCAUCGUGGGACCAUUCGGUGGCUUCUUUGCCAGCGGCUUCAAAAGAGCCUUCAAGAUCAAGGAUUUUGCCAACACUAUCCCAGGUCACGGUGGCAUUAUGGACAGAUUCGACUGCCAGUACCUCAUGGCCACAUUUGUUAAUGUAUACAUUGCCAGCUUCAUCAGGGGCCCCAACCCCAGCAAGGUGAUCCAGCAGCUCCUGGCCCUCCGUGCCGAUCAGCAGCUCCACAUCUUUAACUCCCUGAAGGCACACCUGACAGAGAAGGGCCUGCUGCCAGCGCUGGAGGAGGCGGCUGCCUAGAGCCACCGGCACUCACACCGGCUCGCCCUUAGAAGGAGACCAGAGAGGAAGGCAGUACCCGAGGGCCCUGCGCAGUUCCGGAGCUCUGGGAGACUCGCAGUGCUUUGCGUGAGCGAAAAACAAAACAAAGAAAACUACAAAAAACUCCAGCCUUGGGUCAUUCCAUUUCCUUUGGGUACGAGAGUCGAGUGUCUUUGUGUUCUUACAGUCUGUGAAUCAUGUUUCUGAACACCAGUGUUUUCAGGUUGAGUUAGUGAAUUACUGUACUGUUCCACAUUUCCAUUAUAGCCAACUCGUAUCUAUUCACACUGUUGAACAAAAUGUUGGUCAGCUGUACAUUUUUACCUGUAUACAGAUUAUCCUCGAUAUACCUAUUAAUGUGUGUUAAUAUUUUAUUGUACAUUUUUGUUUAGUUUUAAUGCACUGCUCUCAACCCUGUUACUCACUGUAUUGUUACCCCAGCUGCACCCUCUCCCCAAAUUUAAGUUUUAAUUUUCUUUGUUGUGAUUGUUUCUAUUUAUACAUAGAUGGUUUUUAUAUUUGGUAUGUUCUAUUAUAUCUUAAUGUUGUGUCUGUUUUAUUCAGACUGAAUUCACUUUUGCCAUCUGCCAUGUGCAUUUCUCUGUGUGUGUCCUGUUUUUGCUGCCAUUCAUCUGUUCAAAGCCUCUCUCGCUCAGCCAAAUCAUUGACAUCACAGUGUCAUGUAAUAUCAGGCGGUAAUAGUAGUUACCCUGAAGUGUUUGACAGGAUCAGCGUCUCUUUCAAAUACAGAAUCCAGUCUGUGAGCGAACUGUUUGUUGGUUUUGUGCUGUGAGGAGCAGUUAGCGACACACCAUACAAAGUAGUAUUUUAUAAUGAGUCAAGUGCAAUGGACACCAGCACACAUUUCAGCUUAAUAACCACAAUUGCCCCUCACAUGGUUGAUAUCUAAUGGCAAAAGCCGAAAGGCUCUCAGAGGUAGAACACAAUCACGUUUUAUUGUUUGGCUUAAGUGAGUCGUUCUGUGUUCAUACCUUAUAUCUCCGUCAUGGAGCUGUUACAGGUUUUAAACGUGCAGUAAGGUGGUAAGAUCGUUGCAUUAUGGCUUCUGUCUGUGACAUUGUUGGGUUGGACAGUACAAGUAGGACACAGCAACGAUUUUUACCUCGCCAUCUGCUUGUGUGUGUUGCAACCUUGCCACGUUCACAGCUUCAGAGCAGAGAGCCAGAAUAUAUGACUAUCACUGGUUGACUUGACCCCUGUGUGACAGCAGUUGUGAUCUUACACAUGUGAUGUUCAGGUUGUCUGCCAAUACAGUUAACUGCUGUAUACACAGUGAUAUUUAUACCACUGGCAAAUGUUUGUUUGAUUAGGUGGUAAAAUAUAAAAACUAAAGAUUCUCAAGUGUUGAGUUCAUUUUUGUUUCUUAUUUUGAAUGAAUGCUGUCUGUAGUUAUUUGAACACAUGUCAGGAGAAGUGCUACUCGGCCUGUGACAACAGUCAUAUAAUGCAUUCUCUGAUGAUGGAUGGACCUUUGCUAAAUUUAAGAAAAUAGAAAAUAACCCUGAUAAUGUCAUAGUGAUGUCAUCAAGGCUAUCUUGGAUUGCACUUGAUAAUUUGGACAUUUAACAGUCAGUGUGAUGGUAUUGCAUUAUGGGAAAUGUAGAACCAAGUGAUAAACCCAUACUGAGAUUAGAAGUCAGGAUAUUUCUUUGUGUGAGGCAUAAAUUUUAACAGUUCUUAUUUUAAUCUGUUUCCUGUAAGUCCCCCAGCUUUAUGGAACAGAGGUUGGGGACUUCACUCCGACACUAAAUGGCUGGAGUGCUCCUUUAAAACUGCCAACACAUUUUUUAUAGGGUUAAAUCCAUUUUUGCAUUGGGAUUUGUAUUUUUGUUUUAUCUUUAAUUCAGAUAAAUGUUGGCAUUGUAUGUUUCUACAAACCAUGGAUUUGUUACAUUUUCACAUUACGCGGAGCAUAAGUUGAAAUUUUAUGUUUCUUUACAUUUCAGUAAUGCUAUGGUAAACGUGUGCUUAGGUGUAGCACAAAAACCAAUUGGUUAUGAUUAGGAAAAGAUCAUGUUUUGGCCACUUUUGUUUGCCCAAUCCUGGUAGGGGAAGCAGGGAUGUCUCUUUAAAUAACAGUUGCUUUUUGGGGCACAAUCCACAGUUAGAAGUAGCUAAAAAAUCCCACAUUUGGUGGCUUAAAAGCUGCUGGAAACUCGGCAAUGAUGCACUAAAAGCAGUUUUGUUUGUUGGUCUUGAACAGUGGUCUGCAGCUUGAGGCGUCUAAAUGUCAUGCCAUCCAUCAUCCCCUUCACUUCCCGAUGACAAAAGUCUGCUUAUAUACUACAUUACAUUAGAAAUGUUAAUAUAUGUAUGAAAUGUACAAAUGUUACGUUAUCUGUAGUUUGCAGAAAUGAACAAUGCCAACACUUUCUAAUGGUGACUGGGUUGGACUGAGCCGUUUAACUCAAGACUGACAACUGGUGGAAAACAAACUUACUUGCAUUUAAAGACUGUAGGAAGAUGUGUAAGAGUUGUUGUUAAUAUUGUUCAGGAAAGUAAAUCUGGCUUGUACUUCAAAUUUCCAAAGAUUCCAAAUUGAUUUGAUUGUUAAAAGUGAUGACGCUAAUUUAAUCAUUUUCUGGGUUGUUUUGGGGAAAUGGUUGCGCUAUAGAGGUGCAGCAACAAAAUGUAUUCAGUGUGUGUGGGUCCAGCUCUGUCCAGAAAAAGAGAAGGUUCUACCGUACUCAUCAACCAAUCACCUCAGACUGUCCACCAUGUUUGCGCAUUCAUCUUUUUUGUUUGCAUCAAUCAGAGGAAAGAGCUGAUGUGUCCUUGUCAGUGAGAGCCAAAUGAACUCUGGAGGUUUAGUGAAGCACUGAAGAUGUUAAUGUAACGCAGGCAGAACUAUCUCUGUACUCAUUGUUAUCGGACAAAACAGCAAUAUGAACAAUUACACAGCAGUCAGUGUAGCAGGGAUGUGAAGGUCAGUAUCCAGGUGUCUCCAUAUGGUAAUCUAAAAAACGGCUUACAAACUGUCGCUAUUAUCUGUGUACAGUCAAUAGCUGCUUCACUUAAUCAGGGUUGUUUUAAAAAUAAUUUACCACUUUAAAUUUCAUCCAAUCAGAUUCUGUCCUCAAAUAUUUCUAUAUAUUUUUAAGCAAAGAACUUAAAAUUUUUGUAACCCAAAUAUUUGCUUAUGCUUCAUUAUGGCAAUCAGUUUAUACGAGUUUUCAGAUGGAAGGAGCCACUGUAUAAACCAGGCAUAACUUUACUUUUUUCUCAUAUUUGAAUGUCACUUCAUUCAUAUUUUUAUUGAUGUCAUUUUCACGUGUUUGGUUUGUGUGAUAACCAGCCUGUCUAAUGCUUAACUUCUUAAAGUAUUUAUUUUAUUUACUGUAAGAAAACCUUCAAGGUUACUAUAUUGUACAUUUUAAGAAGAUGUUUAGAAACAUGUUGAGUAUUGUUAUAUAGGAGAGAGUAUCGAGAUAGCAGAAAAGUAUUUUCUCUCUGUCUUUUCUUGCUGUGACUUCAGUGCAGUUGUUUUCUAGGCUCUCUCCCCCUGGUAGCUGUUGUGUGUCAAGUUGAGGCAAAGCAGAUACUCGUAGCGCCAUGUUGCGUCCUCUCCCUUUGAGGGUAUGUUUUUCAGAAAUUAAGGUGAGGACUAAUAUCUUAUAUUUCUUCACCACCCCUCUGGUGGUUCAUGUUUUAGCCCUGCAGCUCUGUACUGCCAUUUCUCUGUGUGGUGUCACAGUCGGCCACUAGAGAGAGCUGGAGCUCCUGUGGUCGGCCGGUAACACUGAUGCUGCAUCUGAGCAGAAAGGUUUGACCCUUUGUUUCUGCUGUUUGAUACAUUCCAGCACCCCUAAAGUUCAGAUUUGCCACAAGGAGAAUAUAAGGGAGAAACAUAUCACUAUUAAAAAAAGAUUGUUUUUUGGUUUGUUUCAUGGCACACAGGAAACACCUCUGUGCCAUUUCGAAUCAACGCAGUGUCACGUUGCUAUGUGACUCCUGCCCAGCCAGGACCCUCUAUAAGGAAUGUAUGGGAGUUGUGACUGUCCCACACACUGUAGGCUCCCCUUUGUGGACAUUUUAUUUUGUGGUUAUAGAUUCUCUUUAUAAAAGCUGUAUGAUUUCAGUAUAUUAUUCUUGAACUGUGCAAUGGUUUGUGUUAAGUUGUACAUUUGUCCAGAGAAAAGUUGUGCUCUUUGAUGCUGAAAUGUGCUUCGCUGUGGUUCAAAA